AUGCCUGGCCUGCUGAAUCGGAUCACAGGGGCAGCCCUGCCCCUCACCGCAUCUGACGUCACCUCCUUCGUCAGUGGUUAUGCCCUGGGCCUGACUGCCUCCCUCACCUAUGGCAACCUGGAAUCCCAGCCCUUCCAGGGCCUCUUCGUGUACCCACUGGAUGAGUACACCACGGUGAUCGGCUUUGAGGCGGUCAUUGCCGACCGCGUCGUGACCGUACAGAUCAAGGACAAAGCCAAGCUGGAAAGCAGCCACGUCGAUGUCUCCCAGGUCCGAUCCGCAACUGUCACAGGGAACAUUCUGCAAGAGGGGGUUUCCAUCACCCCUCAUUCCUGCACACCAGGAAAGGUAGCCUUGGAUGAGGAUUUGGAGCGAAUCCUGUUUGUGGUCAACCUGGGGACCAUUGCCCCCAUGGAGAACGUCGCCAUCUUCAUCAGCACCUCUUCGGAGCUGCCGACGCUGCCCAGCGGGGCUGUGAGGGUCCUUCUGCCUGCUGUCUGUGCCCCGAUCGUGCCCCAGUUCUGCUCCAAGAGCACUGACCCCUCCAACCAACAGGCCCAGGGCAAGGACAGACAUUGCUUUGGUGCCCAGGCCCUGGACUCCUGGAACAAGUUGUGCCUGGCGACUCUCCUGGACACUGAUGUGUCCAACCCCAUGGAGUAUGACUUCAACUUCCAGCUGGAGAUCCGUGGGCCGUGUCUGCUCGCAGGGGUGGAGAGUCCCACCCACGAGAUCCGCGCUGAUGCUGCCCCAUCUGCCUGCUCGGCCAAGAGCAUCACCAUCACCCUGGCCAACAAGCACACCUUCGACCGGUCUGUGGAGAUCCUCAUCCACCCCAGUGAGCCCCACAUGCCACAUGUCCUGAUGGAAAAAGGGGACAUGACCUUGGGAGAGUUUGACCAGCACUUGAAGGGAAGAACAGAUUUCAUUAAAGGGACGAAGAAGGACCACAGUGCAGAGCGGAAGACAGAAAUCAUCCGGAAACGCCUCCACAAAGACAUCCCCCACCAUUCUGUCAUCAUGCUCAAUUUUUGUCCUGACCUCCAGUCCGUGCAGCCAAACCUGAGAAAGACCCGCAGGGAGUUCAUCUUCCUCGUGGACAGGAGCAGCAGCAUGAGUGGCACCAGUAUCCACCAAGUCAAGGAUGCCAUGCUGGUGGCCCUGAAGAGCCUCAUGCCAGCCUGCCUCUUCAAUGUCAUUGGGUUUGGAUCUACAUUUAAGACCCUCUUCCCUUACAGCCAGACCUACAAUGAGGAGAGCUUGGCCAUGGCCUGUGAUAACAUCCAGAGAAUGCGGGCUGAUAUGGGUGGCACCAAUAUCCUUUCCCCUCUCAAGUGGAUCCUCCGGCAGCCAGUGCACCAAGGUCACCCGCGGCUCCUCUUCCUGAUCACUGACGGCGCCAUCAACAACACUGGGAAGGUGCUAGAGCUGGUGCGAAACCAUGCCUUCUCCAUCAGGUGCUAUAGCUUUGGAAUUGGACCCAAUGUCUGCCACAGACUGGUGAAAGGGCUGGCAUCUGUGUCCAAGGGCAGUGCUGAGUUCCUGGUGGAGGGGGAGCGGCUGCAACCCAAGAUUGUCAAAUCCUUGAAGAAGGCCAUGGCCCCAGUCCUAAGUGAUGUGACUGUGGAGUGGGUCUUUCCCGAAACCACCGAGGUCCUGAUCUCACCUGUCAGCACAACCUCCCUUUUCCCUGGAGAACGGCUGGUGGGGUACAGCAUUGUGUGUGAUGCCUCCUUGUACAUCUCCAAUCCCAGGUCUGACAAGAGGCGGCGGUACAGCAUGAUGCACUCUCAGGAGUCUGGCAGCUCCGUCUUCUACCACUCUCAAGACGAGGGAACUGGCCCAGACAGUGCAGACUGUGCCAGGAGCUUGGGAACACCUUUCAGUCUGGGGCAGGCCAAAGAUGCCCGGCUAGUCAGUGGAGACUCCGCCACCAAUCCCGGUCUGGACUUCUCCCGGCGACGAAGAGCAUACAGCACCAACCAGAUCACCAACUCCAAGCCCUUUCCAAGAGCCACCACAGCCAGUGACCCCACAGUGGCUGCCAGGAGAUACCCACUGCGUAAAGCCAAGCUGCAGGACCUCACUAUUCAGACCAGCCCAGAUGUCCAGUGGUGGCAGAUCGAUUUGCAGCCCUUGCUGAACAGUGGCCAGGACGUGAGCCAGGGCCCCAAACUCCACGGACCAGGGGCCCGCAGGCCCUCUCUCCUGCCCCAAGGUUGUCAGCCCUUCCUACUCUCAGGCCAGGCCACCCAGGCCUGGAGAGAGCUGGAUCCUGGGCGCAGCCUGAAGCCUGCCUCAGACAGCCGCAGUCCUGGGGAUCUAGAGCCGUCCCAUCACCCCUCCGCUUUCGAGACGGAGACGUCCUCGGACUGGGAGCCCCUGGCCGAGCCCCUGGCCGAGUCCGAGGCGCGGGCCAGUUCCGGCAGGCCCGCCACCCCAAGCCCAGUGCUGGGCAAGGCCCUGGUCAAAGGCCUGCGCGACAGCCAACACAUGCAGUGGGAAGUGAGCUUCGAGCUCGAGCCCCCCGGUACGGAGCGGGGCGGUGCGCACGACGCCGACCUGUGGAGCGAGACCUUCCACCACCUGGCGGCCCGCGCCAUCAUCCGCGACUUCGAGCAGCUGGCGGAGCGCGAGGGCGAGAUCGAGCAAGGGUCCAACCACCGCUACCAAGUGAAUGCUGUGCACACCAGCAAGGCCUGCAACAUCAUCAGCAAAUACACAGCCUUCGUGCCUGUGGACAUGAGCAAGAGCCGGUACCUGCCCACCGUGGUGGAGUACCCCAACUCUGGUGCUGCACUGCGGAUGGCCAGCUCUCGGGUGCUGUCCCGACAGUGGAGGGACACAUCUGUGGGCUUCAGACGGCCCCAGACUGUGCUCAGAGAAGACUCGGCAGCAGGAGAUGGUCCGCCGCACAGUCUGACCACCAAUACCCUUUCUUCCGUGAAGAGCUCAGAGACUCUCUUUGGAUCCAGGCUGAAUCUCCACAAGUCCAGGCUGCUGACGCAAGCAGCCAAGGGCUUCCUGAGCAAGCCACUGAUCAAAGCUCCAGAGUUGACCUCGGGGAGCCAGAGCUUGGACUAUGUACCGCUGGUGUCUCUGCAACUGGCCUCCGGAGCCUUCCUGCUCAACCAAGCCUUCUGCGAGGCCAUCCACAUCCCCAUGGAGAAGCUCAAGUGGACCUCGCCCUUCACCUGCCACCGAGUGUCCCUCACCGCCCGCCAGCCUGAGUCUAAGACCCCGAGUUCCCAGCUGACAAGCCCCUCUCCUCAGCACUCCUCCUGCGACAGCUUCUCCCUGCAGCCUCCAGCCGAGGGCAAGCCAGGCUUCGAGCCCAGGGCGGUAGUAGAGCACACAGGGAAGCUGUGGGCCACGGUGGUGGGGCUGGCGUGGCUGGAGCACAGCUCAGCCUCCUACUUCAUUGAGUGGGAGCUGGUGGCCGCCAAGGCCAGCUCGUGGCUGGAGCAGCAGGAGGUGCCCGAGGGCCGCACGCGGGGCACGCUCAAGGCCGCAGCCCGGCAGCUGUUUGUGCUCCUGCGGCACUGGGAUGAGAACCUUGAGUUCAAUAUGCUCUGCUACAACCCAAAUUAUGUGUAG